AUGCAGUCAUUCCAUGUACUGCUGGGCCUCUUGGCUAGUGUCUCUGCCAUUCCCUUCCAGCAGCAACCAUUGGGGGUGGUGAGCGACGAAGGAGCUUCGGAUGCGACAGAGCCCCAGCAAGCCACAUCGGCAAGACCCCUGCAUGGCAGGUUCUUGCACAUUACAGAUUUCCAUCCCGACCGCCACUACAAGCCCGGAACGUCGAUCGACCGUAGCUCGUGCCACAGCGGCAAGGGAUCCGCAGGAUAUUUCGGAACGGAAGGGAGCGACUGUGAUAGCCCGUUAUCGCUGGUCAACGAGACCUUUCGGUGGAUUGAGGCGAAUCUGAAGGAUAAUAUUGAUUUUGUGAUCUGGACGGGCGACUCGGCUCGCCACGACAAUGACGAAGAGAUCCCACGAACACCCGAUGAAGUGGUGCAACUGAAUGAAUUCAUGGCUCAGAAAUGGAUCGCCUUGUUCGGCCAACAACAAAAUGCGCAGGGCAGCAAGAGUGUGUCCCGGUUGUCUGUCCCCGUGGUGCCAACGAUCGGCAACAACGACAUCAUGCCACACAACAUCUUUAAGAAUGGCCCCAAUCGGUGGACCAAACACUUUGCUCAAGUGUGGGAUAAAUUUAUUCCCGAGGAUCAGCGUCACUCCUUUGUUGAAGGUGGUUGGUUCACGACCGAGGUCAUCCCGGGCCAAUUGGCUGUCAUCAGCCUGAACACGAUGUACUUCUUCGAGUCCAACAACGCAGUCGACGGCUGCGAAGACAAGUCGGAGCCUGGGUAUGAACAUAUGGAAUGGCUGCGGGUGCAGCUGAAGCUGCUGCGGAGUCGCAAGAUGAAGGCCAUCCUCAUCGGCCAUGUGCCCCCCGCGCGGUCAAGCUCAAAAUGCAAUUGGGAUGAGACCUGUUGGCAGAAAUACACAUUGUGGCUGCAUAAUUACCGCGACGUCGUCGUGGGCAGCUUCUACGGCCAUAUGAAUAUCGAUCACUUCAUGCUGCAGGACAGCCACCAGAUCGAUAUCGAUUCUGAGAUGGCCGAGGCAUCAUCCGAGGGCCGAGUGUCAAUCUCGUCCAAGGAGGAUUACCUGGACAGUCUUCGCGAGCAGUGGGCCGAUCUGCCAUCUCCCCCAUCGGGGGUUUUUGAUAUUGAGGACAGCCAACUUGGGGACAUAGAGACAGCCAAGAAGAGCAAGAAGAAAAAGAAGCAAGAAAAGAAGAGGAAGAAGUUCCUCAAAAAGAUCGGGGGCCCCUGGGCUGAACGAUACAGCGUGUCACUGGUCGCACCGAGUCUGGUCCCGAAUUACUUUCCGACCCUCCGAGUGAUCGAGUACAACAUCACUGGUGUGGAUAAUCUCGUGCCCGAAGCGGCCAGUGAAAUUCAAGACGAUUAUAUUUCCGACGCCCAUCCUCAUCCGGAUCAUGGUGACAAUGAAAUCCGGGAGUUGCGAUCCGAUGCCGCAGACCCACAAAAGAAGAAGAAGAAGAAGAAGAACAAGGAUAAAAAGAAGUUUCCUUUUAAGAUACCGGAGCCUCCAUCAUCCACAAGUCCUCCAGGCCCCGCCCACUCCAAUCAGCCGUUCUCCCUCCUUGGCUGGACUCAAUACUACGCCAAUCUGACCCGGAUCAACGAAGAGGCCGGGUCGAGUGUAUCCGUCGAAGGCCCGAAAGUCAACUUCGAGGUUGAAUAUCGCACAGACGAUGACAUCUACGAGAUGAAGGAUCUCACAGUGCGCAGUUGGUUCCAGCUCGCCACGGCAAUUGCCGAUGAAGACAAGACCGAACGCGUUGAUUCGGGUGGACCGGAGAUCCAAGAAAAAGCGCCAGAACGAUGUCUGGCGCGCAUUCCUCACCCGAGCGUUUGUGGGGUAUGUGGAUAUUGA